AUUUCCUGAUAUCAACGCGGAAAUGACGGUCAAGAAAGCCGGUUGCUGUGUAACACAAUGUCGAAAAGAUGAGUGAAGUUGGGUUUGUCUGAAAACAGAAAUCUGGAGUCAUGGCUUGUUCAUCACAGUCUGCCAAAGAUUAUAUCACCAAUGCCAGAGUUCACCUUGUUGGAGAAUUAAGGAGUCUCUCAGUAAUUCUUGAGAACUUGUUUCAGCAAAGAGUUCUCAUGGAUGAAGAGGUCAGCAAAAUAAAGGCAGAGAAAGAUGACUAUGACAGAACCAGAGCAAUAUUGAACUCAGUCACUAGAAAAGGUGAAGCAGCCUGCUACAAGUUACUGAGGAUUAUUGAUUUGACGAGGAGGAGGACCUUAGAGAGACCAGCUCCUCUCUCCAGGAUCAGACAUGAAGCUUCAACUGAGGUUAAAACGUUUGACCUUCAUCACUGGAUCAGCUGCUUUCCUUUCAAGGAAGAUGAAGAAAUGAAUGUAAACUACAUUCAAGGGCCAAGGCCGUGCCACAGAUAUCAAUCACAGUUGAAAUCAAAAGGAAAACGUUUAUCAGAGAAGUUCUGGAGGACCAGUAAGAAUCUUUUUGAGGAGAACAAGAACCCUGAUCUGUCGUACACUAAACUUGUAUUAGACACAAAAGAGAAAAUCUCUCCAUCCAAAAUAAAGAAAUUUAAAACCAAGAUAAGCAAACUGAGUCGUCCUAAAAAGUUAAGGACUUACGUUCCAGAGAACAAACCAGAAAUCUCUCCCAGUGACCUGCUGAAAACUGAUAAAAACAUCCUACUGGUUGGGAAACCUGGAAUUGGAAAGACAGCACUGAGCCAUGAAAUGUUGAGACUGUGGACAGAAAGAGACGACAAGGAGCUGGAUUACAUGUUUUACUUUGACAUGAGGGAAAUGAUCAACAUCCUUCCAACCAUGAGUUUGGAGGAUCUUCUUUUCACUGCAUACAUUGAACCAGAUAAGGGAAAAGAUGAGAUCUUCCAGGAUAUGAAGACCAACUCUGAUAAUGUUACACUCAUUUUAGAUGGAGUCACAGAUCUGUCUGCAUUCGUGGUGCAGAAACUUGUAGAUAAAGAUCUGCUACCUGAUGCAAAAAUCAUCAUUACCUGCAGACCAGCUGAUGAAGAAGACCUCUGUCUUGAAGACUGGCUCAGAGUGGAGGUGAAAGGCUUCAGUGAGGAGACAAUAAGAACAUAUUUGUCUACAACCCUGGGUGAAGAUCACAGGGAGGUUCUGAGCAACGUGGAGCUGUUGACUCUUUCUCAUGUUCCAAUGUAUGCUCUGAUGGUGGCUGCCAGCUGUUCAUCAGAAGACUCUCUGCAGCCCAGAACUGUGACUGAAAUAUACAUCAAUAUUGUUCGGUUCUGUCUCCAGAACAGCAACAAAACCAGCAUCAAGGAUCCCAAUCAGUUCAUCAGAACCAAGAGAAAUGAAAUCCUGUCUCUGGCUGAAGCUGCUUUUAAUGCAACUCAGAGAAAAACUGUGAACCUGGAAGAACUUUCCUGUGAAGACAGCUGCAUCCUUUCCUUCCUGAAACCACUUGUUGUCAAAGUCACCUGUACCAAAAGACCUGUUAAAUAUUCUUUUCUCCAUUACACGAUGCAGGAGUUCUUUGCAGCUCUGUGGCUUUUAAAGAGUCCUGAUAAGAUCAGGGAGGUUUUUCAGCAGUGCUUCACUGAGGAGAUGAAACACAUGAAACAUCUGAUCCCUUUCAUGUGUCAGUUGUUGAACGAGGAGAACCCCAGUUUGAUGAGCUGUCUGAUUCCAACUGAGGAGCUCAAGGAGACAUCUAAAUGGUUCUUCAAGGAGAUGAUCAAAGCAUGUUUUCACACACUGUUCUUAUGCCAGUGCUUGUAUGAGUCCCAGAGCUCUGAAGCCUGUAUUUACUUUCUGGACAAACUGGACUUCUAUCUUGACCUCAGUGGAGAGAAUCUGGACCCUUAUUCUUGCUGUGCUGUGGCCUAUGUGGUCACUCAGUCAAAGGAAAAGAAGAUACGUCUGAACCUUCAGGAUGUGACGGUAUCUGAACAAGGAAUGAGACAGUUCUUUAGAUGCCUUCAAAAUGUUCAAUGGUCUGACCCUCUGCCUCAGCAGCUGUGGACGGUUGUUCUUCUCACUGAAGGGCAGACAGAAUAUAAAACAUUACUGCAUCUCUGUAAAAACCAGCUGCAUCUUCCAGUUGUAGGUAAAAAACAGCUGUUUGAAGGAGCUGUGAAGGUCAUGCAGAGGACAGCUGCAAAGGUCAAUGUCUGUCUCCACUGGACCCGAGGAGGGACUGUCUGCCAGAGUCUGAGUGAAUCCUUGUUCCAGGCACUGCCAGACAUCAGUGAACUCAGGUUUGAUCCUCUGAGCUCAGAUCUUCAUGAACUAACCAGGUUCUUAGUGAAUCUGUUCUGUGCAGCAGCAGAGAGAGACCAGCAGACAGGAGAGAAGAUGCUGGAGAUGUUAGCAUCAGUCUGUAGAUAUAAAACAUUCCCUUUAGAGGAACGAUACAUGAAUGAUAAAAAUCAGAGUGACUUCCUGCUGGAUCUGUACUCCCAGAUGAAGAACUGUGAGACUAAAACUGGUCUGAGUCUCCUUCCAUCAUUACAGUCAGUUUUCCAGUCAGCUCCUGCAGUCUGGACCAUAAAGCUCUCAGAGAGAAAGACCUCCAUCCUCCUGGAAGUGAUGAAACUCCAAUCAGAGAAGAAACGAGUGAAGCUGAUGGUCUGGUCACAUGAAGAGAGUGAAGUGAGGAGUUUCCUCCAGUGUCUACCUUAUAUCUCAGAGCUCAGGUCUGUGUUUGAGACAUCAGACAAUUUCAAGGAAACCAGGUUCUUAGUGAAUCUGUUCUGUGCAGCAGCAGAGAAAGACCAGCAGACAGGAGAGAAGAUGCUGGAGCUGCUAUCAUCAGUGUACAUUUUUAAAGCAUCUCCUCUUAAACUGAAGUGGUGUGAGUUCCUGCUGGACAUUUACUCGUAUGAGACUAAAGUUGGCUUUAGUGUCCUGCCGUCUUCACAGAGAAAGUCUUUCAUUCUCCUGGAAGUGAUGAAUCUCCAUUCAAAGCAAGAACAAAGAACCAGGUUUGAUCGUUGGAGGUCAGAUCUUCAUGAACAAACCAGGUUCUUAGUGAAUCUGUUCUGUGCAGCAGCAGAAAGAGACCAGCAGACAGGAGAGAAGAUGCUGGAGAUGUUAGCAUCAGUCUGUAGAUAUGAAACAUUCCCUUUAGAGGAACGAGACAUGAAUGAUGAUUAUUUUAAAUAUCAGAGUGACUUCCUGCUGGUUCUGUACUCCCAGAUGAAGGACUGUUUUAUCGUUGGAUCUCAGAUCUUCAUGAACAAACCAGGUUCUUAG